AUAAUACGGCCGUCCGUGAGUGACACGGUGCAGGUGUACUUUCUGAAUAGCACGUUUGUUUAUUUAAGGGGAAUACUGAGUUACUAUCUUCCUGUGCCGUGUUACUGAUGUGAUGUCCUCCUGACGAGUACUGUACUGCACUGUACAGUCGUGGUUAGUUUCAGCGGCAUUGUUCAGUGUAGUUUGUCAUCCUUCCUUGCAAAAAAACGGACUUAGAGUUAGAUACUCAUGUCUUAAAGGAGCCUGUGAUAUCCCAAAUGCUUUUAUUUCACUUGCAAUACAAAAUGUAUGCUUCAAGUGACAGACAUUUAAAAGAGAACUACAGUAAAUAUUAGUCAGUCGCUACUUAAUUAAUUAAACCUGUUCUAUAGUAUAGGACCAGCCUUGGUUAUGAAUGAAUGUAGAUUCCUACAACAGGCAAGCAGUCUUUAAGACAGACGGUCUCUAGCUUGUCAACAGGUGGUCUGCACCAAGACGUGUGCCACCGUAGUGUCGGCUCAUCCUUUGUUGUUUUGAAAUGGGUUUUCUCAUACUGUACGUGAAUUAGCCCCACACACUAUUGAUGGUUACCAUAAGUUUCAGUGUUCAUAAUUUUAAUUAAAAUAAAAUUUUCACUUGGUUUGGGGACAUUUAAAUAAGAAUGACCCUAUUUAUAAGAACAGUUUCAGGGUGUACAGUAUUAGCUAUUGCCAAGUUGCAGCUAGAAAUCUGAGUUCCUCAAGUCUGUCUGAUUGCUCUUUGUUAUCCAGCACUGGGAAAAAAAAAUGGACAUUGGUUCAUCUUGGGAUGCAUCCGAUAAGCCAGCCGGUUUGAGAGGGAUUUAGGCUAUUAUGGCAUCUGGAGAUCACAAUGUUGAAAACAGAGAUUUCCAAUAUGUCGAGGAGGGUCGUCCCGAUGAACUUCUCAAACAAAAAAUGCAACCUUCUGGCAACAAGAACAUGAAGGAGGUUACAUUUUUUAAAAAGGAAGAGUUAAAUAAUAAGAAGAGAUCUCCAAUUGGUCAGACUGCAAACAGCUCCUGUAAGGGGAAGAAGGUGGUGUCCCACAAAAGGAAAAGCAAACACCAGGUUUUGAACCCCUGUGGGAGACGGAAGCAGCCCCCUCUGAGCAGGGGCUGUGACAUGGCAAACAAGGAAAAUGAAGUGGCAUGUGCAAGCAGCUUGCAUGAAAAACUACACAAGGACCGCUGCAGCUUCCCAGUGAACUCCGGGGACUCCACUAAGAUGGAGGGUGCUGCUUCGAAGUUCAGCGAUUAUUUCACAGAGAUAUCUAAGGAUCAUGAUACAAUGACACAAGUGCUUUUUGGGAGAAAUCUGAGGCUUAAUGUAGCUCUGAGUCUUUGGCGAAGAAAUGCAAGUGAACUGGUGGCAUACCUCACCAGAAUUCAAGAUAUUGGUGUGCUGGCAGAUUGUCUACCUGUAAUAACAAAAAGCCUUCAAGAGGAGAAACCAAUUAUUUCUAUUGGCUGCUGUGUUGACCUAUUACCACUAAUUAAAGAUAUUCUUAAAAGCAGAUUUGAAGAAUACCUGAUAGCUGGUUUACACUGGGUGCAGUCUGUCAUUAAGAAAUGGUGGCCUGAGUUAUCUGCAAAUGGAACAAGUGCCCGCGAUAGCCAUCCAGAGGAUGGGAAUAUUCAGAUUAUGAAGCAGCAAUUACAAGAACUUUGGGAACAAGGAAGUCAUUUGAGUUUCGUUCCAGGAACUGCCGGUGAAAUCGCAAAGACUGUUGAAUCCUAUUUAUCACAGCUGCGCUGAAGUAUAUGUGAAACACUUAGAGGAAGUAACCACUCCCAGGACUUGCCGUCACAAAGCUGCUUUUCAGCUCUACAGUGAUACGGUUGAAACGGAUCACAUGGUCGCAUAUCCAGGAACACUACCAAGGGUGGUUCAAAGAACUCUCUGCUCUCCUGCCAUGUAUAAAGCCUUCAGUUCAUUGAGAAUUACUGCUUCACAUUGAAGCGGUGGACCUGCCAGGAGGCACACACUAUAAAUACAUAUUUAUCAGGACAUUGGUAAGAACUAGGCUAUUAAACAAAAUAAUAAAAAAAUAAAAGCCUUGUAAGUGCCAAUUGAUUUUCACUACAGCAUAUUUUGCCAUACAGUGCAUUUGUAUAGAUGAAUGUACUAGUUAUUGUAACAUGGGUUUCAACUUUGCAGCUCUGAACUUAAGUUAAACAGAAUUUGAAGACAUUCACGAUUUUCCUGAUCAUGUAAACUUGACUGUACAUGUAUAUACCACUAUGUUCUUUCAAUCAAAGAUUAAAUACAUUUGCAAAAUGUUUGGUGUCACGUCAUACAAGAAAUACAAAUUAAUGACUUAAAAAAGAAAAAUAAAAAGAUAGGAUUGUGCUUCCUACACUAUUUUUAGUUGACCAUCAAAGAUGUUACCUCCUAAAUUAUUUUUUACAGUUGUUUUUGUUUUGUUUUAAGAGAAAAUACAUUAUCUUCAUAGCUUAUCAAUGAAGUAUUUUAUGUUGGAUAAGUGGAUGGACAAAAUAUUGUGUAGUUGAUCCAGCACAUCUGAGUGGGCAAAACUGUCUUAAUGUAAUAUAUUUAGAAUUGCUUCUUCCGUGGAUCUUAAAGUAACUUGCACUUUUAAAGAUACUGAUACAAAGCAUACAAGAUAAGCACUAAUUACUUUUUAAACUAUGUGUUUCGAGCUUUUCCAAAUUGUUUAAAUGUUGAGUAUGACUGUUUUUUUUUAAAUGGACUGAAAUGCCACCUUUUGCAUAAAGUUGCAUCAAUCAAUGAUUCAUGUUAUGUAUUGAGAAGCAGAGUUUUCAAAGUGCAAAAAAUAUUUUAUAAGUUUGAAUAAAGAUGUUUGUAUAUAUAUAAAAAUGGUUAACAA